AGUUUACACGACACCCUAUAAAAACAAGCAGCCCCCAGUUCCCUCAUUUUGUCCGAAAAAAGAAGAAGCGCGGACGUUCAUCCUGCCUUUGUCUAUAACUCGAAAUCGAAAUCUUUCGAAAAGAUGAUGAAGAAUUUCUCCCGCUUCAUCCUCUACAGGAGAACUCUGGGUUACAAUCUAUCAGUGGAGAAAGCUAAUAAUAACAAACAUGGUCUAUGGUUCCAUAACCUUACAUCCCGUGCUGUUUCAACUGCUAGAAAGGAUUUGGCGACUGAUGGGAGUUACUCGGUCAGAACAUCUGCUGAUUAUUCAAUUUUCAAGGGAAAAGCUGCACUCGUUUUGGAACCACUGCUUCCAAAGUUCAAAGAGAUAACUUCUGGGCUUUUCCGAGUUGAUAAGAGGGGCUCGGUGAUGCUGAAAUUCAUGCCUGCUAUUGGCCAACGCAAGUAUGAUUGGGAGAAGAGGCAGGUCUUUGCUUUAUCAGCCACAGAGCUUGGAUCUUUGAUGAGCCUAGGUCCUGGCGAUUCUUGCGAAUUUUUCCAUGACCCUUCAAAGAAUACAAGCCUGGAAGGUCAAGUGAGAAAGACCUUAUCGGUCGCACCAAUGUCAGAUGAUGGUGGCUAUUUCUUUAGUUUGAGUGUUGCCCAAUCCAACCUGAAAACCAACGAACGUCUUUCUGUUCCUGUAUCAAAGGCCGAAUUUGCGGUGAUGCGCACAUCUUUUGCUUACAUCUUGCCUCACAUCAUGGGGUGGGACCGGCUCACUAGUCCGCCACCUACGAACAUUGAGGUGAAUAAACCAAAGCAGUCUGAGCUUCAGCUAAACCCAAAUUUAGAAUGGGAUAGAUGAUGAUACAUGGGCAAUGUCUUCAGUCCACUGGUAUGAAAUCAGAAGAUGCAUGAAACUGAUAGGAGCCUGAAAUCCCCUCAUCUGUCAUCCUUUCUUUAAAGUGUGGUUUUAAGCUUGCAUGGCUUUCAAGGCAGGGAUUAGUUCCAUUUGAUCUGUUUUUGUUUGAUGACUCAGGCCUGAUUUAAUAGUAUUUACUAUUUUGGAUCCCUGUAAAAAAACACCCUUCCGUCCUUCCAUCCAAUGCGUAUCAAGGCACUAUCAUCCA